AUGACUUCAACCGCCGAAGGUUUCUUAAACUGGCAUGACAGUGAUACAAGCCAGUUAAACCUAUUAGCCCGGCAAUGCCAGGAGCUGGAGUGUCCGCCUUUGAAUGAAAUCGUUCCCGGGCUGUACCCGUCGGCACCUGCAGAUUCUUCUCCAAAAAUCGUGUCGCUAUCAUCCGAAGAGCAGGAGGCUUUGUUUAGGUCUCUUCAGAGAAUUCUCGACUCGGCCGCCGCGAGUACCACGGAAGAUGAGGCACACGACGAGGCAAACGGCGUCGAAAUCCAGCCCUCCUUCCAACGAGUUGGUACUCCUUUCGGAGAAGUGAAUGACAUUUUACACAAGUUGUCAAACUGCAGAUCGCAUUAUAUGGAACAAGCUGCUGAGGUGUUGGCGAAUGGCAGUAGGAACCCACUGUGGCGACUCCCUUUCGGACAGACUGGGAUCUUGGACUUUUUCCUUGAACGUGUUGCUUCGAAGGAAAACGCAGAAUCUGCUCUUUUGUUGCAUUCCUUACGCUUGAUUGGAAAUUGCUGUGCAGAUACUGAUGAAAAUAGAACGAUCGUUGUGAAAGGCAAUUAUACUGCCGCGAUUCUCCAGCACCUACUUAAUCCGGAGCUCAUCAAAGUUGUUCUACCUGUUGUAUAUAACUUAUGCAUGGAUUUCGAGCCUGCCCAAUCCCAGUUAGCUGCGAAUAAGAUCGUUUACAUAAUCAUACGACUCGUUAGGGAUGAGGCGCUCAAGGAUAACCCUUCUCUGCUUGAUUUUGCCUACGAACUCAUAGAGCUAACUGCCGAGCAAGAGAAAGGGAUAGAAGUAUGCCCUGAUGGAACAAUUUUGCUCAUGAUGGAGCUUCUACUCAGAAAAGAGUUUACUUCUACCGUCGCCCAAUUUUCCUGCAUCACCAAUUGCCUUAUGAGUAUGCUGGAUAACAAGCGAUUUCAGGAUAUUUGCAUUUCAAGACGCAUGGUGUCAAAUAUAUUGUCUGUGCUCACCCGAGCGGUAGCCUUGGGAAAACACGCUUCUGCGGAUGACACUCAAAUGCUAGCCCAGUUACAGCUGAAGAUCAAUCAGACAUUGUCAGAGGUAUCUGCGUCAUCACUAUUCGCAGAGACUUAUCCUCUUGACUCUGAUUUGACACUGCUUUUGAAAUCCUGGCUGUCAACUACAGAUGAUCAGCUUCAAAUAUGCUCUUGUGUCAUGUUGGGCAAUUUAGCGCGCUCAGAUGAAGUCUGUCAGCUCAUGGUUGAGGAGAUUAAGAUACAUGAAGAGCUAAUAUCGAUUCUGAAAGGAGAAGCUAGAGGAGCCGUUCUUCACUCGACGCUAGGGUUCUUGAAAAACCUGGCAAUAGCAGGUAACAAUAGGCUGCAUUUGGGGACUGCUGGAAUCAUACCUGUGAUUUCUCGCCUCUGGAACUACGAGACCGUUCCUCAGGUUCAAUUCGCUGCAACGAGUAUUGCGAGACAAUUGGUUAUAUCAUCGGUCGAGAAUAUAACCCUUUUGUUGGAGACAUUCUCGGAGAAUCACCACAAUCCUCCCCAACAGGUGACAUACCUAUCUCUACUCCUUUCACUGUUUAAAAAAACAGACUCCGUUCCUAUAAAGACAGAAAUUGGGCGCCUCAUUGCUUCAGUAUGCCGAACAAUUGUUCCCAAAGCUCGCGCACAAGAUCAACUAGCAAAGUCAGUUCUCGAGCGGCUCUUCACGAUGCAUGAAGAUGUGGCGCUCCCUGUUGGGGGUAUGAUUGUUCAGUCGCAGUGGCCCGUCGUCAGAAGCGAAGGUUGGUUUGCGCUGGCAUUGAUGGCAUCUAACAAGCAGGGCUCCAUUGCUGCCAUAGAUUGCCUGCAAAAGAUGGACCUAUUUCCACCACUGGAGGAAUUGCUGGGCAAGGACUCGAGCGACGAAGCCGAAGAACUGCAAUUGAGUAAUGAUCGAGACAAUGCAGUGGUCCUUGUAAAAGAAUUGCUGCAACAUGAUGUAAGUCACUACGCGUACCCAACCUGGUGGAUUUCGUGCUAA